GUUUGUCGUCCCUCCUGUUCGCCAUGUCACCAUGAAGGGAAGGCUACUCGGUUAUCCCUCAACAUGUGAGUUCCGAGGGGUUAUACAUUCAUGCACUCUAAGCCUUGCAUGUUGGCUGGUCGGGGGCACGUUGACGGGGGGCUGCGGAGGGGAUCUGCUCUCUGAUUGGCUCUUCACCUGCUGUGUUACGCCACAUCCCCCCCACCACUUGCGACAGCAGCCUCUUAGACGGUGGGGACUUCAUCACCACCCCCCUCCACAAGUAGAAUGUGGGACGCCUGUUGCGGGAAUUCAAAAGAGAAUUAUCGGAGGUGCUGAGGCAAACUUUGGAGAGUUUCCAUGGCAAGCUCAUAUACGUAUCUCAGGCUAUCAGUGUGGAGGAGUGCUGGUUAACUCUAGAUAUGUGGCUACUGCAGCUCACUGUAUAUACAGGGCAAGAGUGAAGGACAUAAUGGUGUACCUUGGAGAGUUCGACACUCAGAACACUGGCCAAUAUUUUGAGCCAGUCCCGGAGGAGGCAUAUCGGGUGAUCAAGAAAAUCAUUCAUCCAAAGUUCCAAUAUCGUUUGUCUCAGCCUGACAGAUAUGACGUAGCCCUUCUUAGACUAGCAAGGCCUACAGUCUACCGAGACAACAUUCUUCCUAUCUGUCUGCCGCAACGGGGAGAAACUUUUAGUGGUGAAACUGGCGUGGUCGCUGGAUGGGGUAAAACUGACACCACUUAUGGUAAAACAGGGACCAAUAUUUUACAAAAGGCCUUUGUUCCAAUUCUCUCAGAUGAAAAAUGUGUCAUAUGGCACAAGCAUAAGAGGAUCAAGGUUGAGCUUCAUGAAGAAAUGUUCUGUGCUGGCCACAGCGAUGGCCAUAUGGAUGCCUGUUUGGGAGACUCUGGGGGGCCUCUGGUAGUGUAUCACAAGACAAGACAGCGGUGGACACUGGCAGGCAUCACAAGCGCAGGAUUUGGUUGUGCCGUGGACCAUCAACCAGGAAUAUACCACAAAGUAACCCACACCACCGACUGGAUUGCCAACAAAAUCAACAAUUAAGAUGUCAUCCUACAUUCUAACGACAUCCUAA